AUGGGCAUUGCAGCUGUGCAGUAUUUGAAGAUGUUGACGAACGAGCCCGAGUAUGAGAAGGCGGUAUUUUCAUUUGGCCCUUUCUUGACUACUGCUCCAGACGUGUUCACAUCGUACUUGGCGGAUGUGUUCGAUCCUUGCCGGAAGAAUGGGCCCCAGCCGGUCGCCCCUUUGCUGCCAGCGGGCAGAUUCGAGCUCGAGCCCGUGCCCCCGCCUCCCUGCGAGAUCCUGGAUGCGCCGGCGCAGCCCGCUGGCCGCAAGAAUCUAUUCUUCUUUACCGCGCAGCGUGCCACCCCUGAGUGCGUGAAGUUGCCGCCCGGCGCAAAGCGUCUCAGAGCUGCCAACGCAGAUGCUGGCUCAGGUGCUCUGCUUUAUAUCAGGGAGUGCCCUUUAGUUGAAUAUAACAAGGCGGCCAAAAUUGUCCGCGUCGCUUUAGAGAUGGACGAUGGGGGGGCGCCGAUGCCGACGGCUUGA